AUGUAGCAGUGAACGGCAGACGGGAACCCUUACGAGUUUGAUCAUCGAUACAUUAUGUAUAAUGGCUUAAACAAACGACCACAAAGUCGCCAUCGCUUCAGUGGCGCCUGAAUGGCGUAUUUUCCUUUCUCUUUUCUUUUCCUGUGGACGAAGCGGGAACAGAGCUGAGAUGAAGACUGACAGCGACAUGAGCAAUUGAACUGUUUACCCCAACAGGACUAAGCUAGCGGUCUGGCUAGCCCUUUAGCUUGACAAGCAAUACACAAAGUGACAGCUUGGAUAAAACGAUACAACCAUGGCUGGUCUGAUCAAGAAACAGAUUCUGAAACAUCUAUCCAGGUUUGCCAAGAAUUUGUCUCCAGAUAAGAUCAACCUGAGCACAUUGAAGGGGGAGGGGCAACUCACUAACCUGGAGCUGGAUGAGGAGGUACUGCAGAGCCUCCUGGACCUGCCCACCUGGCUUGCCAUCAACCAUGUGGGCUGCAAUAAAGCGGCUAUCAGGAUACCAUGGACAAAGUUAAAGACUCACCCUAUUUGUUUGACUUUGGAUAAAGUAGUAAUGGAGAUGAGUACUUGUGAUGAGCCACGUCCUCCCAAUGGCCCAUCUCCCCUAGCAACAGCGUCAGGUCAAAGUGAAUAUGGCUUUGCAGAAAAGGUAGUGGAAGGCAUGUCUUUGUCUAUUAACUCCAUCGUGAUCAGGAUCAGUGCAAAGGCCUUUAACGCCUCCUUCGAGUUGUCUCAGCUGCAGGUGUACAGUGUCAACCCGAGCUGGAGCAUCAGUGACCUGCGCUUCACUCGCAUCCAGGACCCUCAGAGGGGAGAGAUCCUAAGCUUUAAGGAAAUCAGCUGGCAAAUGAUCCGCAUUGAGGCCGACGCCAUCCAGAGUGCUGAACACGAGGUGAUAAGUGCCCCCAUUCGCCUCAUCACCAACCAAUCCAAGAUCAGAGUCACACUCAAGAGAAGGAUUAAAGAUUGUAAUGUGGUGGCCUCCAAGCUGAUUCUCAUCCUGGAUGACCUUCUGUGGGUGCUGACGGACUCGCAGCUCAAAGCUAUGGUGCAAUAUGCCAAGUCUUUGAGUGAGGCCAUGGAAAAGUCCAAUCAACAGAGGAAGAGCUUGGCCACCGAAGACCAGGUAUCGUCCUCUACACCGCCAUCAACUCAACAGGUGCGUACGCAACAGACAUCGUCAGCAGCAGACCAGAGUGCAACUAUGGCAAAGCUCUUCAGUGACUUUGACGUAUGUGAGACGUCUCACCAUCUUCAGAUCAAGCACUUGGAUCUGCACAUCUGUGAUGACAUCCACGCCAAGGACAAAGCUAUCAACAAUCGUGUCACAGGAGGAGCCAUGCAGUUGUCCUUCAGUUCCAUCACUCUGGACUAUUAUCCUUUCCACAAAGCAGGUGGUAGCUGUCUUCAUUGGAUGCACUAUGGCGAGGCCACUAAAGCCAGAGAGAGCUGGGCCCGAAGCCUUCUCGAAGAAUUUAAGUCAAAUGUGGAUAUGUUGAAGAGUGCCGUUCGAGACCAAAAGUCCUCCCCUUCUGCACACAGUUCACCACAGCAUGUGUCCCUUAGGGACGAUGUGUAUGGGCCCCUAGAAGGUCAGGAGAGUGCAGAAGGAGAAGUAGGGCUUAGAGAGGCAGAAGGAGGAGUCGUAGAGUGGGGCCUACAAGCACAGCCUCCAGCCCAAUGCUGCUGGUGCCUAGAGCCAGGUAAAAUAAACACCACCUCUUCCUUCAGUCCACCUCCGCCUCAAACUCCCAAGUCUCAGCUCAUGUCGAGCUCAUUAGUUCUCAGGAUGGCCGAUUUUAGCAUUUACCAGGUUUCAACAGCAGACCAGCGCUGCUCUAGCCCCAAGACCAUGAUCUCCUGCAAUAAAAAGUCUUUAUACCUCCCUCCGGAGAUGCCAGCCAUUCAUGUGGAGUUUACAGAGUACUACUUCCCCGACGGGAAAGACUACCCCAUCCCAUGUCCGAACCUGUUUGCCCAGCUGAAUGCCCUACAGCUAGUCCUCGAUCCCCGCAGCCUGGUAUGGCUCAACCUUUUUGCCCUGGACCUGAGGCAAAGUCUUGAGCAGUUCAUGGAGAUCUAUAAACUUAAUGACUCACAGAAGCCAGAUGAGCAUGUUGACAUCAAGGUGGAUGGCCUCAUGCUAAAGCUUGUGAUUCCCACGGAUAAAGACCCUUCCUACCCUGCAGAUCUUCCUCACUCUGUUUCAGUUCAGACGUCUGAAAUGGUGGCCACAAACACACGACACCCGACAAACUGCACCCGCUCUUGUCUUGAAGCCCUUCUCCAGGCUUUUCAGGAGCAGGACUUCUUCUCCUCCUCUAUCUUAUCAUUCCCCCGCUCCCCCUCUUCUCUACCUCUCCUUCAUCCUGUCUUCCACCGUCACGCUCAUGAACAAGAUACAAGACUUCAUGACAUUUACAAGGGCCUUGUGGUGCCCACCAUUGCCACGGACUCUCUGAAGAUGCCAGCUGCCAGUGACUUCUGGGCGCUGCACUUUGCUCAGUUCUGGGUGGAUUAUGAAGGCAAGGGCCGGCCUCAGCCUUUUGUGGAUUCUUUUCCUCUCACAUUUUGGGCUUGUCAACCUGCGAAGCUUAUCCAGCACCAACACAAGCGUAAAGAUGUCAAUGAAUCAGGACUGUACAGAAGCACAUCUGCAGAUGGUGAUGGGCGAUUGCAGAGGAAGCGUUUACUUAAGGAGUAUUAUAGCAGUGAUGGGGCUCCAGCACCAUCACCAACUGCAUCACUGCCUCCCACUAAUGGACUUCAUAAACCACUCUCUCUAGACAGUCUCUCCUCAUCUUCAAGCAAAGAGGCAAAUUUACAUGUUUUGGUGCAUGUACACAAACCCUUAAGUGCUCAGGUGAGCCAUCAACAAUAUGUGUUCCUCAUGCAACUUCAACGCAGUAUCAAAGCUUUGCAGCAGACUUUACAGCAGGAUCUUGAAGAAAGGAGCUCAAAAAAAGACCGCAAGGACAACUGCCCUGCUGCAGACCAGCAGCCUUUCACUGCCUGCCUGGGCCUCCUGCUCCAAAGUGCAGAGGUGUCACUACUUUUGAAGCCUGUGCCCCAUCCCGAGGGCUCUCCUCUGGCAUCUGAACUGUCUCCCUCCGAGAGCAGAGGGACAUUGGACCCGGCCCGUAAACCAGCAGAUGGAGCAGACAAGGUCCCAGAGGAGACAGGUGCAGGGUCAGAAAGUGGAAUGGCCAAAGGUCCCUGCACUGUAGACCAGUUGUUGUGUGGAGAGAUCUUAGAGGAGGAAGUUGCUCAGGGAAGGACUCCCCUUAUACCAACUUCCCCCACAAGAUGUUCAGACUCUAAUCAUAAAGUCUCAUUGGAUGAGAGGACUUCACCUAAGAACUCUGGGAAAUGGAGUUCAGAGGAGGAGGUCAAACCGCUGGGUGAAUCUGGAUUACCCAAAUCUCAGAACUGUGAUCCUUUGUGUGAUCCACUGGGUAGCAAGGACUAUAAUGACAAGAUGGCUGCUGGGAAAAUGCCACAAUCUGUAUCAAGUGGUCGUUUGAUGAGAGAUCGCUCCCAGUCAAAUUUUUCAGUGUCAUAUAAGAACAUGAAGAAAAGUCCAUCUCUUCAGUCAUUGGACAACAUUUCAAUAGACAGCUGCAUGGAAGAUGGUGACCCUUACAAUCUCCUGGAAAGAGAUGAUGUCUCCAUCUCAGGCUUUAAGGAUGUCAUUAGUGAACAUAGUGCCACAGAGAGUGCUAUGGAUAAUGCUGCAGAGGUGGCGAUGGGUCAGAACCAGGAUGGGGGCGCAUCUCCGGACACCGUGAGCGCCACCUCACAGAGCAUCGACGAGCCCACCAAAGAUAUAGUGUCCGUACUGAUGCUAAAGGUACAGUCGGUGUGUGUGGGCAUGGAAGCUGUAGGUGAAAGCACAGCUGUGGCUCUGGAGGUGGGUCGAGUCAUGUCCAACCAGCUCGGCAACGUCAGCCUCAGACAGUACCUCAGCAACCGCAGCCUGGGUAUGGUGAAUUCUGUAUCAAUACCUGCUCAGAGCCAAGCAAGUGGUGACGUCAUCUUGGGGGUACGGGGUUUCCACGGACCAGAGGUCUGUGCACGUCUAGAGUCUGGACCUAGUGCUGCAGUCCACUCCGAACUAGCCAAACGCAAUGGCUUCUUGACUCUGCAUCUCCAAGGUUACCAUGCAAACUUCCUGAUGUCCACACUGCGUAACAUGGCCCACUUUUUGGAAGAUUACUCUGCUCCACAAGUGCUACCAAUGGAGAUCAGUGUUACUGACACACACAUCAACCUAAAGGAUGAUGACCCCUCCGACGGUCCCCCCAAUUCUGAGCCCUCCCCCAUCACUCUCCAUGUGGACAGUCUUAUAAUUCACCGAAAAGACGAUGGCUCGUUCAAUAUAGGAGUGGACACAGCAGCACAAGACAAAAUCAAAAGAGGGAGACAACUCACCGACACCUGUCUAACCCCAGUCCCUGAGGCUGUAAGAAACAUCUGUGGCAUUUCAAAGACUACACAGACCCCUGCCCCACCCAGCAGCCCCCAACCCUCCAGCAGAGAAAAGAUGCUGAUUGACGAGAAUGAAUGCCUCAAAGUGGAGCUGUCCCGAGCCAAGAUGGCACUGGCAGAAGCUCAAAUGGAGAAGGACUCCCUUUUGCACAGACUCAAGAGUCUCAAAGUGAGCCCCAGCUAAGGGCUGACUUGGCUCUCCUCACCCUCCCACCAGCCGUUUAUUCAUUCAGCCCACACUGGACCGCAGUAAAUAGGACGGCUGCUGAUGGGCGAGAGAAAAGGUCACCAAAAUAAUUCAAGUCGGCAUCAACAAGGGCAGGCAUUUCUGGAGUAAAAUGGUUCUCUAUGUGUGCUUAUUUAUGAAAUGAGCCACAUUGUGACUUGAAACGUUUAACCAUUUCCUUCAUAAAGCAAUGAAGACUUAAGUGGAUGUUUUAUAUAUUUCCGUGUUGCUUUUAAGUUUUCCAUUGAGUCUAUCAUUUUAAGAAGGCCAUGAAAACAAAAAAAUAGGCUAUGUCUGUUAGUGCAACGAGAAAGAUAAUUUAUGUAGGUGUGCCUAAUGAAUAUAAAACAUUUUAAGAUAAUUUCUGAACAAACUCUGAAUGUCAUGUAGUUAAAAGAAUGUCCUAACUUCUGAACAAUUGAUUUUGCACUGUAGAAAAUUGUACUUUUCAUUGAAGACCUUUUUAUUUGUGAAAGGAAAUUAAUGAUGCCUUCCCCAUGGCCUCAGAUGAUCAGACAUUUGUUGAACCUUGUAAACGAAUGUGAACAUAUUUUCUACAAAACAAAUGCAGUGUUUUAGUUUCAUUCAGAACAAGCAUUUUAUUCCAACAAUAGUGACUUUGUAUCUAAUUUCAACUGAUUUGUCUACAAACCACCCACAUGUACGUAUCUUCAUAUUUUUCUAUGUGUAAAUAGAAAAAAUAUGGCACUUUUAACAUUCUAGCUUUGUAUAUACACCUGAAAACUGUGAGAGAGUUUUGCUUAAGUGUCUUGAGAGCUGUUUUCAUGUGUAUGUCUUAAAAUGAGAUAUAGGAUAAAUAAGGGUACUUAAAGCAGCUUGAAUGCAUACAGUCUAUUUGUGUUAAUAUGUAAAGUUUAGAUCUUGUGACUAUGCCCACAUCUGCUGCUGUUCAAUUGCCCAUAUGAGAAGAAAAAACUCACAUGUUAACUAAAUAUUAAGAGUUCAAGAGUUACAAUAGUGAACUUUUUUUUACUAGCACAUGCUUUGUCAUAGCACAAGUGACUUCUAUAGAGUCAUCCAUAAGUCAUAAUCUGCAGAAUUGUCUCGACCAGGAAAUUUCAAUGAAUGCAUACCAUACUAAGUUAAUAUAGAGAUUUGAAAUUAAACAGAUAAAAUACUUUCUUUCAAUGAAGGUCCGACUGCUCUUCUCAAGGCAGGUUUAAAAGCAACAUGACACGUUGUAUUCA